AUGUUCUUCUUCCGCACCCAUCCCAAUGCCCGAGCACCCUACAAGGGUUCUGCAGAAGCUGUUGGCUGGGAUGUCAAGUCCAUACAAGACAUAGAUAUCCCCCCACACUCCAGAAUGCUCAUUGGCACAGGACUCGCAGUUGAUCCCCCAAAGUGGACAUACAUUCAAGUGGCCCCCCGAAGUGGGCUAGCCCUCAAAGGAAUUGAUGUCGCAGCAGGGGUAAUUGACCCAGAUUACACAGGGGAAAUCAAGGUGCUUCUCGUUAAUAUGACCAGCAAACCAUUCGAGGUCAGGACAGGCGAUUGUGUCGCACAACUCAUAUGCGAACGUUAUGCUCCAGGAAUCAUUUCUGAAGCAGAUAGUUCACUCGCAAAGCAAACCAUACGAGGCGCCAAAGGCUUUGGCUCAUCGGGACGAUAA